AUGCUGCGCACCCCGGCGUCCAGUCUGCUGCGCAAGGGCCUGGUGCGCAGCGUCCCCGCCGCCGCCGUUGCCUCGCGCGCCUCGUCGACCCAUGCCAUCUCCAAACCGACCCUGGCCAACAUCGAGAAGCGAUGGGAGGGCAUGCCUCUGCAGGAGCAGGCAGACCUCUGGAUGUCCCUGCGUGACCGCAUGAAGGGAAACUGGAAUGAGUUGACCAUCCAGGAGAAGAAGGCCGCAUACUGGAUCGCCUUUGGCCCUCACGGGCCCCGCGCCGUUGACCCCCCGGGCACCAAUGCCCGUAUUGCCUGGACCGUCGCCAUGGGCCUCGCCGCCAGCCUGGCCAUCUUCGGCACCAUCCGCUCCUUUGCCAAGCCCGCGCCGCAUACCAUGUCACAGGAACACCAGGAGGCGGCCAACGAGAUGCUCAAGAAACAAAAAGCCGACCCCAUCACCGGCAUCUCCUCCGAGAACUACACUGGCAAGGGCCAAGUCCAGUCUCCCCCGAGGGGCAACUGA